CCCAACUACAGCUCCAACGACCUCAACCCCAGCUCCAACAGCCUCAACUACACCUCCAAUAACCACAAAUACAGCUCCAACAACCUCAACCCCAGCUCCAACAGCCUCAACUACACCUCCAAUAACCACAACUACAGCUCCAACAACCUCAACCCCAGGUCCAACAGCCUCAACUACACCUCCAAUAACCACAAAUACAGCUCCAACAACCUCAACCCCAGCUCCAACAGCCUCAACUACACCUCCAAUAACCACAACUACAGCUCCAACGACCUCAACCCCAGCUCCAACAGCCUCAACUACACCUCCAAUAACCACAACUACAGCUCCAAUGACCUCAACCCCAGGUCCAACAGCCUCAGCUACACCUCCAAUAACCACAACUACAGCUCCAACAACCUUAACCCCAGCUCCAACAGCCUCAACUACAGGUCCAAUAACCACAACUACAGCUCCAACAACCUCAACCCCAGCUCCAACAGCCUCAACUACAGGUCCAAUAACCACAACUACAGCUCCAACAACCUCAACCCCAGCUCCAACAGCCUCAACUACACCUCCAAUAACCACAACUACAGCUCCAACAACCUCAACCCCAGGUCCAACAGCCUCAACUACACCUCCAAUAACCACAAAUACAGCUCCAACAACCUCAACCCCAGCUCCAACAGCCUCAACUACACCUCCAAUAACCACAACUACAGCUCCAACGACCUCAACCCCAGCUCCAACAGCCUCAACUACACCUCCAAUAACCACAACUACAGCUCCAAUGACCUCAACCCCAGGUCCAACAGCCUCAGCUACACCUCCAAUAACCACAACUACAGCUCCAACGACCUCAACCCCAGCUCCAACAGCCUCAACUACACCUCCAAUAACCACAACUACAGCUCCAACGACCUCAACCCCAGCUCCAACAGCCUCAACUACACCUCCAAUAACCACAACUACAGCUCCAACAACCUCAACCCCAGCUCCAACAGCCUCAAAUACACCUCCAAUAACCACAACUACAGCUCCAACUACAUAAACUACAACUACAAUCACAGCAACAACUACAGCUGUAUCCACUACAACAACCAUGCAAGAACAGAUCCAGUUCUACCAUGA